GCGUGAAAGGCAAAUUCAUUCAACUCAUGCAGAUUAUUUCAUCCGUAAUCACAAAACUACACGAUGAUUGAUUACGAUAAAAAGAAAAUGAUGAUAAACGUCUACGAUGUAACUACCGGUUGCUCUUUUUUUAUUGUCAAACACGUUAGCGUACGCAUUAUAAACUGGAGAUAGGGCGAUGCUCAAUACAAGCGCACGUGUUAUCUACACAUACGGCUGAAUCACCGGACAGCGCGCUGUUGAUCGAUUUAUAUUAAAUUGUGUGCAGACCGGUACCGUGGUAGUCGUGAUUUGCUUGUUGCCUGUUCAUCAUCCCGUUCCGCAAAUAAAACAGAAAAUGGUUGUUGCACGAAAAUGGAUUUACGUGAAGCCAUUCGAAGGGUUGCCGAAAGAUGAAAACUUUAAGCUAGAGGAGGAAGUUUUACCAGAACCGGCAGAUAAUGAAUUUCUUGCCGAAGCUGAGUUCCUAAGCGUCGAUCCGUAUAUGCGCCCGUAUAUGGCCGCUUAUCCGGCUGGUUCGUUGAUGAUCGGUGGACAGGUGGCAAAGGUAACGGCUAGCCGUAACGCUAGUUACCCGGUCGGUUCGUACGUGUUCGGUAACUUUGGUUGGCGCACGCACACCAUCGUCAAUCCGGAUAAGACGUCUGGCGACAGUAAGCCGUACGUGUUGCCGUCGUUCGGGAAGCAUCCACGUUCGCUCGGUGUUGGCAUACUCGGUAUGCCCGGCAAUACGGCGUACUUUGGUUUUCUGGAGCUUUGCCGACCGAAGGAAGGCGAAACAGUGGUGGUGAGUGGUGCAGCCGGUGCCGUCGGCAGUGUGGUAGGACAGAUAGCGAAGAUUAAGGGCUGCAGGGUAGUUGGAAUUGCCGGUUCCGAUGACAAAUGUGCCUGGUUGCGGCAGCUUGGAUUUGAUGCGACGAUCAACUAUCGUACGGUGGGACAGGCUGGUUUUGCGGCUGCUCUGAAGGAGGCUGCCCCGAAAGGUGUUGACUGUUACUUCGACAACGUUGGUGGAUACAUCUCGGAAGCUGUGCUGGGACAGAUGAACCUGUACGGACGGAUCUCCGUGUGUGGUACGAUCUCCAACUAUAACGAUGCAAAGGUGAAGGUGACGGAUCCGCAACGCGAGUUCGUAUUUAAGCAACUGUGCCAGGAGGGUUUCAUCGUGACGCGCUGGACCAACCGAUGGAUGGAGGGUAUAGUGCAGAAUCUUCGCUGGAUCGAGGAGGGUAAACUGAUCUACCAGGAAACAAUCACGGAAGGAUUCGAGCAGAUGCCGAAAGCGUUCGUUAGUAUGCUCACCGGUGGCAACACGGGCAAGGCAGUGGUGAAGAUCUAGAGCAAACAAACGUUUCCGAGCGCCCCAAUCAAUUGAAUAAAGCCAAACAGGUGUUGUUGUAGAGGCUGGAAUACGCCUGCUAUCGUUUAUUAAA